AUGGGGGAGCAGCCUGAGGCUCCCCUUGAAAAACCUGAAGAAGUAAAGAGAGCAAAGAUCCCCGGAGACCACCAGUGGCACUCUCGAAGCUACACCCUUGGGGCCAUUUCCAGCUUCCUGUCCACGUUCGUGACCUUUCCCAUCUACAAGGUCGUGUUCCGCCAACAGAUCCAUGCCGUGUCUGUACCAGAAGCUGUCAGUCAACUGCACCAGGAGGGCCUUCGCCGAUUCUACCGGGGGAUCUACCCACCCCUUCUGGCCAAGACCCUUCAGGGGACCCUGCUCUUCGGCACCUAUGACAACCUGCUCCAGGCUCUCUCUCCUACUGGACCCUCCAGGCUAUGGCAGCGCUGGGUGGCUGGGUUCCUGUCCGGGGCAGUGGAAGCUGUGGUGCUGACCCCCUUCGAGCGAGUACAGAAUGUGCUACAAGAUGGCCGGAAGGAUGCCCGCUUCCCCAGCACUUCCAGCAUCCUUCGAGAAUUCAACUCCUACAGCUUCUGGGAACGACUGGCCUUGGGCUACUAUCAGGGCUUCCUUCUGGUCCUCCUGAGAAACAGUCUGGGAAGUGCCCUCUACUUCUCCUUCAAAGAUCCCAUCCGAGAUGGCCUGACAGAACAAGGUUUGCCCUGCUGGGUCCCAGCCCUAGUGUCUGGUAGUGUCAAUGGGACCCUCACAUGCCUACUGCUUUAUCCCCUCAGUGUCCUAGUUGCCAACAUGCAGUCACAGGUAGGUUGUCAGGAAGCACCAGGCCUGUGGGCUUCGGCUCAGGCUGUUUGGGAGGGUCGGGGACGGAAGCUGCUUCUGAUCUACCGAGGUGGCUCUUUGGUCAUCCUACGUUCCUGUGUGACCUGGGGACUUACCACUGCUAUCCAUGAUUUCUUGCAGGAAAACAACUGCCCCAGGGUGGAAGAGAGUGACUGA